AUGUUCACAUUCACACCCUUGCAGGGCGCGCAGAGCCAGAGCCGUGUAUCGCAGUCUCUGCUCGAGCUCGAUGGCGGCGUCAAGGUGCUGGUCGAUGUUGGCUGGGAUGAGAGAUUUGAUACGCAUCAGCUAGCAGAAAUCGAGAAGCACACUUCAACUCUCUCAUUCAUUCUCCUCACUCAUCCUACCCUCUCUCACGUGGGUGCCUACGCCCAUUGCUGCAAACAUAUUCCACACUUCUCUCAGAUUCCGGCCUACGCUACCUCGCCUGUCAUAGCCUUUGGCAGAACCCUCACACAAGACCUAUACUCUUCAUCGCCAGUCGCAGCCACCUUCAUCCCUGCCUCAGCAUCUCCAGAAGAUGAUACUGCAGUCGACAGCAAGCAGAGGACGAAUAUCCUACGACAGGCCCCGACAGUCGAAGAAAUCAACAAGUACUUCACCGCCAUCACUCCUCUGAAAUACUCGCAGCCCCUACAGCCUUCCGCCUCGCACUUUUCUCCUUCCCUCGAAGGCCUGACCUUGACAGCUUACAAUGCUGGACAUACAAUCGGUGGCACAAUAUGGAGAAUACAGCAUGGCAUGGAAUCAAUAGUGUAUGCCGUCGACUGGAACCAAGCCCGAGAAAAUGUCAUUGCUGGUGCAUCCUGGUUUGGCGGAGUUGGCGGCGGCGAGGUCAUUGAAGAGCUGCGUAAACCCACUGCGCUGGUCUGUAGCAGUACAGGCGGCGAUAAGGUUGCCUCCCUCUCCAGACAGACUCGGGAUGCUACUUUGCUAGGUCACAUCAAGAGCUGUCUUGCGAAAGGAGGCUCUGUCUUGAUACCGACCGAUUCCAGCGCCAGAAUGCUCGAGCUCGCUUGGAUCCUGGAGAGGGCGUGGCAUGAUGGCUUCCGCGAGAGUCCCAUCAAGGAUUCAAAGGUGUACAUGGCAAGCAAGUCCGCCAACGCAACACUGCGACAUGCUAGAAGUCUACUCGAAUGGAUGGAUGACAGCAUUGUCCGUGAAUUUGAGGGCGAAGAGGAGACUGCAGCCAAAACCCAUCGCAGGUCCGGCAGCAAGCAGAUCAAUGGGAACUCCAAGCCCUCACGGCCAUUCGAAUUUCGUCACGUCAAGAUCGUCGAACGCAAGACUCAGCUCGACCGCUGUCUCGCAGGUCAAGGAGCUCGAGUCAUCCUUGCCAGCGACCUGAGUCUUGAUUGGGGGUACUCGAAAUCAUUCCUAGAUCACAUCGCACAAAGCACGUCGAACCUCAUCCUCUUGACAGAGAAAAGCCACAGUUCCCACGUUCAAAGCACAGGUGCAACGAUCUGGAAGUGGUACCAAGAACGACAGGAUGGGGUGGCAGUAGAGCCAUCUGCAGAAGUCCAGCUCGAACAGGUUCAUGGUGGAGGCAGGACUAUGCAAAUCCAGGUCAUCGAAAACGCACCACUCAGCGAACAGGAGAUGCAACAAUAUCAGCAGUAUCUGGGAACUCAACGGCAAAUGGAGUCGACAAUGGCUGGCGAUGCAACUGGCGAUGUUGUAAAUGACAACCUCUCCGAAGAGUCAGAAUCAUCGUCCGAGGACGAAUCGGACGAUGAGCAACAAGGUAGAGCUCUUAAUGUCACCAACGCUCUGGGUCACAAUAAGUCCAAAAUCACACUGACGGAUGAAGACCUGGGCGUCAACAUCCUAGUUCGGAAGAAGAACACUUUCGACUUUGACGUCCGCGACAAGCGAGGUCGUAACGCCAUGUUUCCAUACUCGCACUCCAAGAAGCGAGGUGAUGAUUUUGGCGAGUUCAUCAAGCCAGAAGACUUCCUAAGGGAGGAAGAAAAAGAGGAACAGGACACUGCUGGCUUAAAGAGCGGCGAUAUUGGUCAGAAGCGGCGAUGGGACGACAGACAAAAGGCCGAACCAGCCCGCAAGCGUCGGCAAGGUCCUCAAGGCGAGAAGGUGGAAGUCAACAACGACGACUCCUCAGAUGAUUCUGAUGAGUCCGAUGUUGAGGAAGUCGAGCAAGAAGGCAACGAUGGACCAUCGAAAGCAGUCUUCUCCACAAAAGAAGUCACGCUCAACUGCCGCUUGGCUUUCGUAGACUUUGCAGGUCUUCAUGAUCAACGCAGCUUACAGAUGCUAAUUCCGCUCAUCGGGCCAAAGAAACUCAUUUUGACCGGAGGUUCGACAGAAGAAACACUGGCGUUGGCAGCAGACUGCCAAGAACUACUUGGUGUCAAAGUUGCGGGCGAGGAAGAGUCAUCAUCGUCCGAGAUCUUCACACCAUCCCAGGGGCAGAUGAUCGAUGCGAGCGUUGACACGAAUGCAUGGACCGUGAAACUCACCAGGAAUCUGGUGAAGCGACUGCAUUGGCAAUCCGUCAAGGAUGUCGGUGUUGUCACCUUGCAGGGUCAGCUCAGGGCGGAGAUGGGUGCCCUCAACAUAGAGGAUGAUCCUAAGCAGAAGAAGCAGAAGCUCGAUACGGAUGUCUCAAGACAGGAGACGCCUGAAGUUACAACACCAAACGCCGUCCCAGUGCUUGACACAAUUCCAUCGGCUCUCGCAGCAUCGAUACGGUCUGUGGCGCAGCUAUCCAUGUCGGCGAUAUGCGACUGGCGGAGCUGCGGCGCUUGA